AUGAUUGGUGGCGGGCCUGGCGACUUUGGUAUUGCACCCAGAAGACAAACAAGACGAUACAAAACAGUGAGAAGAGUAAAGUUGACGGGUGGUAAUUUGGUAUUGGAUAACCCUGUACCAAACAAAUACCUUCAACGAGUGAAAUAUAGAGAUGAACAUGAAUUCACUCAUAUGAGAUACACUGCUGCUACCUGUGAUCCUUCUGAUUUUCAGAAAGAAAACUAUCGAUUGCGUCAAAACUUGUUGCAUAGAGAAACCGAGUUAUUCAUUGUCUUGACCAUGUACAAUGAAGAUGAUGUUUUGUUCUGUAGAACAAUGAAUGGUGUUAUGAAGAACAUUUCUCACCUUUGUUCUCGUGAUCGUUCAAAGACUUGGGGUGCCAAUGGCUGGAAGAAGGUUGUUGUCUGUGUCGUUUCCGAUGGUCGUACCAAGAUCCAUCCUCGUACACUCUCUGUAUUGGCUGCCAUGGGUGUCUAUCAAGACGGUCUAGCCAAGAACGUUGUCGAAGGCAAACCAGUAACUGCUCAUAUUUACGAGCAUACAACACAAUUAUCUAUUGAUGCGGACAUGAAUUUUAGAGGAGCAGAAUUAGGAGUUGUACCAGUUCAAAUCCUAUUCUGUCUCAAGGAAAAGAAUCAGAAGAAGAUUAACUCACAUCGUUGGUUCUUCCAAGCCUUUGGUCCUCUUAUAAAGCCCAAUGUGUGUGUAUUGCUUGAUGUUGGUACAAGACCUGGUGGACGAUCAAUCUAUCACCUUUGGAAAGCAUUCGAUAUCAACCGUAAUGUAGCUGGUGCAUGUGGUGAAAUUAAGGCCAUGUUGGGUCCAAAGGGCAUGUAUCUGCUUAACCCUCUUGUCGCCUCUCAGAACUUUGAGUACAAAAUGUCCAAUAUUUUGGAUAAACCACUUGAAUCUGUCUUUGGUCACAUUUCAGUAUUACCCGGUGCUUUCUCUGCUUACCGUUACACAGCCCUUCAGAAUGAUAUUCAUGGUGUAGGUCCUCUUGAGAAGUAUUUCUUGGGUGAAAAGAUGCACGGUGCUGAUGCCGAUAUUUUUACUGCAAACAUGUAUCUUGCUGAAGAUCGUAUCUUGUGUUAUGAACUUGUGGCUAAAAAAGACGCUGCUUGGGUACUUCAUUAUGUUUCUAAUGCUUCAGGUGAAACUGAUGUCCCCGAAACCGUUGCUGAAUUUAUUUCUCAACGUCGUCGUUGGCUUAAUGGUUCUUUCUUUGCUGGUAUUUAUUCCAUGGUUCAUUGGAGAAAGGUCUGGAGUUCAGACCAUUUCAUUUUACGUAAGUUGAUCUUCAUGUUCAACGACUUGUAUCAAUUGUACAAUCUUAUCUUCUCUUGGUUUGCUAUCGGUAACUUCUACUUGGUCUUUUAUAUUAUGACAACCUCCAUCACUACUGUAAACAACGCACCCUUCAGCUCCAAUGUCGGUAAUGUCAUUCACACUGUUCUCAACUACAUUUAUAUUCUGCUUCUUAUCAUUCAAAUCAUCAUUGCUAUGGGUAACAGACCCCAGGGUUUGAAGUGGGCAUAUACCAUGAUUAUCGUCUUCUUUGCUCUUUUGAUGGCCUAUAUUAUGUUCUGUACCUUGUGGAUCACUGUCAUUGCUGUCAGUACAGCCUAUUCAGAAGCUAUUCAAGACGCGAAUGGUAAUGUAAGCCAAGAAUUCCUAGGUCUGGUCAAGCAAAGUACUUUCAGAAAUGUCAUUAUCUCUCUCUGUUCCACGUAUAUCAUGUAUCUUGUCUCGAGUCUUUUGUUCUUGGAUCCUUGGCACAUCUUUACCAGCUUGGUGCCUUAUAUCUUUAUGUCACCUAGUUAUACCAACGUACUCAACAUCUACGCUUUCUGUAAUACACAUGAUGUAUCUUGGGGUACCAAGGGUGAUAACGGUGUUUCUACCGAUCUUGGUGUAGUCAAAUCAUCCAAAGGCAAAGACGGUGAAAGCGAAGUUGAAGUGGCCGCUCCUACUGAACAAAAAGAUUUGAACGAACAAUACGAUGAAGCUUGUCUUGAUUUGAAGGCUGUCGUGAUACCCGAAGUAAGUAAGAGAGACGCCAAGACAAAGCAAGAAGAUUACUACAAGUCUUUCAGAACCAUUCUUGUUACUUCCUGGAUUAUGUCCAACUUAAUUUUGGUUGUCAUUAUUACCAGUGGACAAAACAUUCUGAGUUGGUUUGGUACUUACACAGAGAGAGCUACUGCUUACCUUGGUUUUAUUCUUUGGUCUGUGGCUGGUUUAUCUGCUAUUCGUUUUGUUGGUUCAUGUAUUUAUUUGUUUAUGAAGAUUUUUACUGGUUAG